AUGACGUCUGAGGAUCUGCGCAAGCGCACGCCAAGAAGAUCCCGGGAUACUCCCCGCAGUUUGAGUGCACACAGCCAGCCUGCCUUGGUGCCGCUGGACGGCCCGGGCGGGAGACGUCGCGGGGCUUCUCAGCCUCGGUUGCUGGAUCACCUGAAGCGCUUUAGAAAUUCUGAUGCCUGGGGCCACGCUGAGGGUGGUCAUUGGUGGACAGCCCCAAGCUGGGCUCUCGAGCCGCCCACAGGCUGCUCUGCGAGGAGGGAGCUGCUCCCAGUUUCCAGCCCGUGGGGACAGCGCGAUCAAGUCCCCGAGUCCAGCCGCUCGCGGCCGCCCCCCGCGGCUCCCCGGGCCAGAAGCACCGCCCCCGAGCUCCGCCCCCAGAGCACCGCCCCGAGCUCCGCCCCAGAGCACCGCCCAGAGCACCGCCCCGAGCUCCGCCCCCAGAGCACCGCCCCCAGAGCACCGCCCCGAGCUCCGCCCCAGAGCACCUCCCCGAGCACCGCCCCCAGAGCUCCGCCCCAGAGCUCCGCCCCCAGAGCACCGCCCCCGAGCCCCCGGCAGCACCGCCCCGAGCUCCGCCUCCAGAGCACCGCCCCGAGCUCCGCCCCAGAGCACCGCCCCGAGCACCGCCCCGAGCUCCGCCCCCAGAGCACCGCCCCCAGAGCACCGCCCCGAGCUCCGCCCCAGAGCACCUCCCCGAGCACCGCCCCCAGAGCUCCGCCCCAGAGCUCCGCCCCCAGAGCACCGCCCCGAGCUCCGCCCCCAGAGCACCGCCCCGAGCUCCGCCUCCAGAGCACCGCCCCGAGCUCCGCCCCAGAGCACCGCCCCGAGCACCGCCCCGAGCUCCGCCCUGAGCUCCGCCCCCAGAGCACCGCCCCGAGCUCCGCACCCAGAGCACCGCCCCCGAGCCCCCGGCAGCACCGCCCCGAGCUCCGCCCCCAGAGCACCGCCCCCGAGCCCCCGGCAGCUCCGCCCCAGAGCCCCGUCCCAGAGCCCCCCGGCAGCACCGCCCUCGAGCUCCGCCCCCAGAGCACCUCCCCCGAGCCCCCGGCAAGCCCCGCCCCUCCCGAGCCCCGCCCCCCGAGCGCCUUGAAUGCCGGGCGCAGGCGCCGUGGGGGCCUCGGCCUCGCAGGCUCUGGCCUGGGCUCGGGGUCCUGGCUCUUCUCCCGGUGGCCCCAGCCGGCUCCCCACUCCCUGGACCCUCGGGAGGACCGCGGGGUCCGGCCGAAGGACGUCGCCCUUAGCCCAGCUAUGGACUCCACAGCACCAGCUCUCCCUCCUCAGGACCCUACUCCUCCUCUGGAGACGGACCCAGGAGGAAAGGGGACAACCAGUUUAUUCCCAAAAGCCAGGCCCCAGGACCCAAUGACGUUCAAGGAUGUGGCUGUGGAAUUCACGCAGGCAGAGUGGGGGCAGCUGGGCCCCGCUCAGAAGAACCUGUACAGGGAGGUGAUGCUGGAGAACUUCCGGAACCUGACUUCCCUGGGGCUUCCAGUGUCCAAACCGCCUGUGAUCUGCCAGUUGGAAGAAGGAGAAGAGCCCUGCAUGUUGAAGAGAGAGUCUGCCACAGGAUCCCACUCAGACUGGGAGAGAAGGCCUAAAGCCAAGGAAUCAAUGCCAAGUCAGGGAAUUUCCAAAGAAGAAUUAUUCCAGGCAGCAUCGGUGGAAAAACACAUUAGAGUUGAGCUCUGGUCCUCCAAACUGAAAUCACCCUCUGGUUAUGAUGACCAGUUAGAGAUGCAUCAGAAGAAACAGGAGGAACAUCUGAAAGAAGUGUCUGUCAUUCAGAAAUCUACUCUCACCCUUAGAAGAGAUCAUGAAUGGAGUGAAUUUGGGAGAAGUUUAGGCUUAAGAUCUGUCCUUGUUAACCAGCACGGUGUUCCCAUGGGAGAAGGAGUCUGUAGAUAUGAUACAGAAUUCAGACAGACUUCAGGGAGAAAUAACUCCCAGAGAAUUCAUUCAGGGAAGAAAUCUUGUAAAUGUAAAGAGUGUGGGAAAUCCUUCCACUUCCAGUCAGAACUUAGGCGCCAUCAGAGGUGUCACACUGGAGAAAAGCCCUAUGAGUGCAGCGAAUGCAGAAGAGCCUUUGGUCAUAUCUCAUCCCUUAUUAAACAUCAGAGAACUCACACCGGAGAAAAGCCCUAUGAGUGCAGCGAGUGUGGGAGAGCCUUCAGCCAGAGUUCAUCUCUCGUCCUACAUUACAGAUUUCACACUGGAGAGAGACCCUACAAAUGUGACGAGUGUGGGAGAGCCUUCGGUCACACUUCAUCUCUCAUUAAACAUCAGAGAACUCACACUGGAGAAAAGCCCUAUGAAUGCAGGGAAUGUGGGAGAGCCUUCAGCCAGAGUUCAUCUCUCAUCGUACAUUACAGAUUUCACACUGGAGAGAAACCCUACGAGUGCAAUAAAUGUGGGAGAGCCUUCAGCCAGAGUUCAUCUCUCACUCAACAUUACAGAUUUCACACUGGAGAGAAACCCUACAAAUGUAAUGGAUGUGGAAGAGCCUUUGCUCAUACUGCAUCCCUGAUUAAACAUCAGAAGAGUCACGCUGGAGAAAACACCCUGGGAAUGCAAUGAAUGUAGGAAGGCUUUCAGCUGGAGAGCACACACCACCAAACAUCAGAGAACCCAUGAUGGAGAGAAGUCCUAUGAGUGCAGUAAAUGUGGGAAGGCCUUCAGCCAGGGUUCAUCCCUUAUGAAGCAUCAAAGAAGUCACUCUUGAGAAAAGUCCUAGGAGUGCAGUGAAUGUGGGAGUGCCUUCAGUCAAACCUCCACAACUUUAUAAACUUAUAAACUCAGAGAACUCACCCUACUUGUUAGAAACCCUGGGAGUGUAAUGCAUGUGGGAAAACCUCUGGUGGCUGUUCUGCCCUUUUUGAACACCAGAGAAUUUGUACUAGAGUGACUCUUUGAAUUUGGUGAAACUGGGAAAACCCAGUUUUAGGCCUCAGCACAUCCUGUGGCUUCACCUCAGAGAGAAACCUUGGGAGCUUAUUGAAUGUAAGGAGAGUUCCUUAAAUCUUGAGAUUCAUGACACCAGAGCAGAAAGAGACCUGAGAAGUGAUCUAGUAUGGUGAGGGCCAUUUUUCUAACUACACAUGUGCUCUGCCUCCCCAUCCUGUUACUGAUGGGGGUGGAGGGUUACUGUAUGGGUGACGAGAAUGGAGGCUGAGGGAGGUGGACAGCUGCUAGUCAUCUGGUCAACCGUAUUUUUGAGCUAUGGAAGCUGGUCAUCAGAAUGUGCCGUUCUCUAGGCUACCCACCCAACUGGGCUGUUCCUCUUUCUUUCUGGCUCACUGUGGGAAACUGAGCCUUCCAUGCUGCCUGAGGCAUAUCUAGGGUGGUGGCUUAGAAUGCUGAGCCACAGGCCUGCAUAGAAUGCCAUGCAGGCCCGCCCUGU